AUGGCUUGUAAUAAUGAUGCUAUCGAAUAUCAUACCUCAUUAACAUCGUCUGUAAAUGAAACAUUCGAUAUAAAUUUAAAUGAAACAAAACAGCGAUUUUAUGAUAUAAAGCGUGAUCCACAUAUUGAAAUAGUAAAUUUCGAAGCAGUUAUUGAGAGACGACCAACAGAAAUUGAUGAAACAUCAUUACGUGUUCUCAAAUACAAAUCACCAUCGUUCAUAGCAACCGUUACUUUUCGUUUUCCACCAAUUCAUUCGAACGAAUGUUGGAAAGUCGGAUUUGUCCAAGCAUGUGAUUUUAUGUUAUUUCAAAAUCAAUAUGGUGAUCUUGGCUAUUCAUCUUGGGAGUUUCCCCAAUUGAUUGUUCGUGAUCUAUCAAUGAUAAAUGAUAGUUGUGGACGAAAUUUUCCAUGGUAUGGAUCAAAAAAUCAAGUAGUGACCAUUCAAGGUCCAAUUUAUCGACAAUCGGAACAUACAAUAACUAUGCGUGACUUAUUCAUACCAUGGAUUCCAUGGGAUAUUCCAACAUGUGAGGGUGAAAAAUCACACUUAACACAUAUUUAUCGACAUCAACGAUUUUAUGUAUGGUUAUGUGCAAUGAAUUGUACCAAUAAUGAACUGUUAAUAAUUCGUACAAUACGUUGGAUACAAACGAUUGAAAUCGAUGUUAAACCUAAUUUAUGUCGUGGAAUUAGAGCAAAAUUAAUAAGUAAUCAUGAACCAGAACAGCCUAUUUUUCUUAAAAAAAAUAAAUUUAUUCCAUCUUGUGCUUUACAAGCACCAUCAGCAAACAAUGCCCAACUACUUGUUUGGAGACCAACAAAAGGUGAAUCAGCUAUUGUGGUUAAUCCAAAACAUCAUGAUAAUAGUACAAUUAAAUAUUUACGUCUUUUAAACAUAGACAUUCGAUAG